GUAUGUAUGUAUAUGUACGUGUAUAUAUAUCAGUCCUUUCGUCAUCAUUUUUAGGGUUGUACAAAUUCAUUCAUACUGAAAACAUUGCAUUUUGAUUGAUUACAUUGCACGAAUGGAUGGAGCAAGUAACGGAGGUAUGUUGUACCACGAGGUACAAGAGUCCAAGCUGUGCGCCGUACAUUGCGUCAACACGGUGUUGCAGGGUCCCUUUUUCUCCGAAUUUGAUUUGGCCGCGCUGGCGUCGGAUCUCGACGGUAAGGAGCGCCAGAUGAUGCUCGAAGGCGGCCUCCCUGUUUCUUCCGGCGAUUUUUUCACUGAGGAGUCUCAUAACGUUUCUCUCGACGGCGAUUUUAGUAUUCAGGUUUUACAAAAGGCAUUAGAGGUUUGGGAUCUGCAAGUCAUUCCCCUUAAUUGCCCUGUUGCUGAACCAGCCCAGAUCGAUCCUGAGCAAGAAAAUGCAUUUAUUUGCCAUCUUCACGACCAUUGGUUCUGUAUCAGGAAAGUAAACAGAGAAUGGUAUAAUUUUGACAGUCUUUAUGCAGCCCCAGAGCACCUCUCUAAGUUUUACCUCUCAGCUUAUUUGGAUUCUCUGAAAGGCUUUGGCUGGAGCAUUUUCCUUGUGAGGGGAAAUUUCCCAAGGGAGUGCCCCAUUUCAUCCUCCGAGACUUCUAAUGGUUAUGGCCAAUGGCUCUUACCUGAGGAUGCUGAGAGGAUUACUAAAUCUUGCAACUCAAGGGAGGGAUCCAAGAGAAUCAAGCUAACUGAAGAGCAGUCUGGUCCAUUACUUUCUAUCGGAGGGGGGGAUGCAAUUUCAGUGAUUGAAGAUGAAGAUCUGAAGGCUGCAAUAGCAGCCAGCCUCUUAGAUUCUUCCCCACCAAUGGUUAGUGCUGAAACUAGUGCUCCAAAAAUUGAAAAUCAAGAUAGCAAAGAAAAAACCGGACAAGACGAAUAAUUUUUUGAAAAUUUUAAUUACAGUUUGAUUAUGAUGAUCCAUAUUGGGUUAGAUGUCGAUAUACUUCCGUAAAACGAAUCAUUGUGUUUUUGCAGUGUAUACGAUCAUACAGUCCUAUACUAUUUAUCCAAGUCAAAUAACAUUGUCAAAGUGAUAUUGAGAAAUGACAUUUUAGAUUUCAAUA